AUGUCGCACGCAGCAGGGCCCUCGCAUUUAGACGAGGACGAGAGGAUGUCUGGAAAGGACCGUGAUUUCGGGCUUACGGAGACGUACUCUGACUUGGGCGAGGAGGAAGAACAGGAAGAGGGAGAUGGAGAGUCAGAUGGAGACAAUCGCAGCGAGGGAGAAGAGGACGAUAUCGACGAAGGUGAUACAGACCAAGACGACAUCGACGAUACGCAGCCCUAUCUUACACGGAGCCCCAAGAACAUGAAGGGAAAGGGAAAAGGCUCCGUCUAUUCUCCCCGACCGAGUGCGGUGGACAGGACACAGUCGUCGAGCUCGUCGUGGGCAGACCUCGACUUGUCAGUCAUUGUCGCUUUCGUAUCGCCCAUAGGGAACUGGCUUACCGGCGGUGAUCACAUCAAGAACCUCUUCCUGAUCAUUCUCCUCAUAUUCUACCUCCACCAGCUCAUAGAAAUACCCUGGAGAUUAUACCAAGCUUCCCUCCCUCACAAGCCCUCUCACCCAGCCAACCCGGCUUCCACAAACCCACAGACCGCCCGCCUAGUCGCUUUAGCACGAACCGAACUGCACAGGCAGGAACUCUUUUACCUCGUCCUCACGGUGGUCUCUCCUCUCCUCGGAGCAGCCUUCCUUCAACAUAUAGCCGACGCACUCGGCGGCACGCAAGCGCUCUCCUGGUUCAGCACGACGCUUUUCGUGCUCGCGACGGGUCUUCGCCCGUGGUCGCACCUCGUCGCGCGCCUCCGCGAUCGCACCAAUGCGUUGCACAACGCGGUGCACUACCCGCCGCCCGCAGAGUCCGAGGCCGCCGCUACUGCUGCAGCGCAGGAGCGUGCAUUCGGGAAGGCACUCACAAGGCUCUCGAGCGUCGAGCGCCAGCUUGCGGACUUGCGUGCGCGUGCGGCGCGCGGAGACAAGCUGCAGGGCGUGUGCGACGACCUCAGCGAGGCGAUCGGCGACAUCGAGCGGAACGCAAAACGCGGCGAACGCAAGUCCGACUCGACUCGCUCUGAGCUCUCCGCACGCAUCGCUGCGCUCGAGGCAGGGCUUUUACAAGUGGAGGAGCGCCGCCGCAAGGACAUUGAGAGGUUCAAGGCUGGGCUUAGUCCGCUGCCGCCUGCGUACGCUCUCACGUUCGCGCGCGCGCACAACUAUGUGUCGACGAUUGUGGGCACACUGAUCCGCAUGCCGAAGACGCUCUGGUCCCUCGGUAUGAAGGAGCUCAGUCCUGAGAAGCCUGCAACGAGCCCUCAAGCUACCGGUCGUACAAACGGACAUGUCACCUCGCCGAUCAUUCGUGAAGGUACGAGACACGCCCCGCGCCUCGCGACGAUCCCCGAGGCGGAGCACUCGGACGCGGAUUCGGACGGCACGUACGUCUCGGACCCGGAGAAGGAGAGGGACAAGGAGGAACGCAUGCGGAGCCGCAGCCGCAGCCACAGCGGAGGUAGCGGACGUGCCGCGAAGGCCAAGGCGCGGGCGCGCUCGUACUCGUACAGCGAGAAGGGGUUCGAGGUCGUACAGGGCCUCAUGCUCUGGCCGUACCGUGCGAGCGUGCGCGUGCUGGUUGCUGUUAUGCCUCCUGUGAAGAAAAUCUUGCCAGUGCUGUGA